CUCAAAAUAAUUCACAGACAUUGCCUGCAAUUGCUAUAUAUGUAUGUGGGUGAGCCCAAAUCACAUCUUCUUCUUUACUCACCUCCCUAUCCAUCCCCCCUUCUGCAACUAUACAUAUAAAUACAUACACCAUUGAAGGGGAAUCCAUUCCCCUAAAAUCUUUCUUUCUCUAUUCUUCAAACAAUACAUUGGUCGAGUUCUUCAAUUUUGAUUUGGUUAUUACUUGCAAUCAAUUCCCCAACUGUGUAUAUCUUCACAAGUGUUUAGUUGAUUCGAUUCUUUAAAGUUUCCAUCAUGAAGCAUAAAGAUGGGAAGCCGAUUCCUCAGCCGGAUAAAAGCUCUCGAACUGUUCCAAUGGCGAUCAUGUUCUUUGUGCUGUGUGGAUUUUCAUUCUACCUCGGGGGAAUCUUCUGCUCCGAAAAGAACCGAUACAUAAUCCCGGAGACGAGCAAAGCUGUCAAAACUACGAAGGAAACAUCGACUAAAGGGCAGGGGAAGCUUCAGAUCAAAGCUGUGAACUUUCCCGACUGUGGCCUUGAUUUUCAGGAUUACACUCCUUGCACUGAUCCGAGGAGGUGGCGGAAGUACAGCCUUCACCGGCUCUCGUUUAUGGAGCGCCAUUGCCCUCCGGUGUUCGAAAGGAAGGAGUGUUUGGUUCCUCCUCCCGACGGCUAUAAAUUGCCUAUCAGAUGGCCGAAGAGCAAAGAUGAAUGCUGGUACAGAAAUGUACCGUACGAUUGGAUCAACAAGCAGAAAUCGAACCAGCAUUGGCUCAAGAAAGAAGGCGAGAAGUUCUUAUUCCCCGGAGGCGGCACCAUGUUCCCGAACGGCGUUAGUCACUACGUCGAUCUGAUGCAGGACUUGAUCCCGGGAAUGAAAGACGGGACUAUUCGAACUGCCAUCGACACCGGAUGCGGGGUUGCGAGCUGGGGAGGCGAUCUGAUCGACCGGGGAAUACUCACGGUUUCUCUCGCUCCGCGAGACAAUCACGAGGCUCAAGUUCAGUUCGCGCUCGAGCGCGGAAUUCCUGCGAUUCUCGGGAUCAUCUCGACGCAGCGACUCCCGUUUCCGUCGAACUCUUUCGACAUGGCUCAUUGCUCAAGAUGCCUUAUUCCUUGGACCGAAUUCGGAGGGAUUUACCUAUUAGAAGUGCACCGUAUUCUUCGACCCGGCGGGUUCUGGGUUCUCUCUGGUCCACCGGUGAACUACGAGCACCGGUGGAAGGGAUGGAACACGACGAUCGAAGAGCAGAAAUCGGACUAUGAUAAGCUCCAAGAACUUCUAACGUCGAUGUGUUUCAAGCUGUACAACAAGAAAGACGACAUCGCCGUUUGGCAGAAGCUCUCAGACAAUGCCUGCUACAAGAAGCUCGACGCUCCCGAUACUUAUCCUCCGAGGUGUGACGACGGGACCGAGCCUGAUUCUGCGUGGUACACUCCUAUCCGAGCGUGUGUCGUUUCUCCCGAUUCGAAGUACAAAAAGAUUGCGUUGAAGGCCCUUCCGAAGUGGCCCGAACGGCUGCACGCUGCUCCCGAGCGCGUCGCUGACGUUCGUGGUGGUAGCGACGGCGCAUUCAAGCACGACGACGGAAAAUGGAAGACGCGUGUUAAGCACUACAAGAAGCUGUUGCCGGCGAUAGGAUCGGAGAAAGUGAGAAAUGUUAUGGAUAUGAACACUCUCUACGGAGGCUUCGCCGCAGCUCUCGUCGACUACCCUCUCUGGGUGAUGAACGUCGUCUCGUCCUACUCCCCGAACACGCUCGCCGUCGUGUAUGAUAGAGGCCUCGUCGGGACCUAUCACGAUUGGUGCGAGGCAUUUUCGACAUAUCCUCGAACGUACGAUCUUCUCCAUUUAGACGGGCUGUUCUCCGCCGAAAGCCAUAGGUGUGAAAUGACGUAUGUUCUGCUCGAAAUGGAUCGAAUUCUCAGGCCUAACGGGCAUGCGAUCAUCCGGGAAUCGAGUCACUUUGUCGACGCGGUAGCUACGAUAGCGACAGGAAUGAAAUGGAGCUGUCGGAAAGAAGACACCGAGUACGGCGUCGAAACGGAGAAGCUGCUGAUCUGCCAGAAGAAGCUGUGGUACUCGAAGCAAAGCUCGCGAUGAUACGAACCGAAGAAUUUGUCGUCGUCCACGUCGCCGUUUAUAGGUAGAGGUGAUCGGAUCAGAUCAGCAGCAGCAGCCAUAGCUGAAGAGAAAAGGCUUUCAUUAUACUAUCAACAGAGAAAAGAGGAAUUAUUAUUUAUUCUACACAAGUUUGAAGAGCAGAUGAGAUUAAUGAAUCUUCGACAAUAACCAGAGUCAGAUUAAGGUAUCAAUUAAUCAACAUAGUUUUUUACAGUAUUGUUAUUAAUUCUUUGCAAGGUUGGAAAUAUAUAUGUUUAUGUAUGGUUCCUUGUUGGAUUGUUUUUUGGUGUUCUUUGUUUUCCCUUGGCACCCUUUUUUUCAAUCUGUCAAAAUGUAUUAAGUCAAAGGGUGCUGCUGUAAGUCACAGCUGUUUUUAUCAAAACUUAUAUAUAUACACGUCUGGCAAUUUACUCAAA